AAUUUAGCUUACGAAAUCAUUCUUACACUAGGACAAGCAUUUGAGGUGGCCUAUCAGCUUGCACUACAAGCACGAAAAGGGGGCCAUUCUUCAACCCUCCCAGAAAGCUUUGAAAAUAAACCCUCCAAACCGAUUCCCAAACCACGUGUUAGUAUUCGGAAGUCAGUGCAGAUAGAUCCAUCUGAACAAAAGACUCUUGCGAACCUACCAUGGAUUGUUGAACCCGGACAAGAAGCCAAAAGAGGCAUUAAUACCAAGUAUGAAACUACAAUUUUCUGAUACAAAACUGUCCCCCUGUUCCUUGUUGUGCCUUGCACGCCAAGCAGUCACAGCACAGCCUUUCCUUUAUGGCAACAUUUCAAUCCAGCAGAGAGGAAGACUGCACUGGAUGAGUGGCCUUGUAACUAACAAAAAAAGGCUGACAGUCAUUUCUGGUGAUGUUCUUCUUCCUGCAGCACUGACAGAAGAAUGACGCUAUAUGAAGACUUUUAAAAUUACAGUCCACAAGAGGAGUAAGAAACCUUAUUUUUCACACAGUUCUCCCUUGUGACUCUGCCACAGUGCUUUCUUUGAUUUCUUAUUUUAGAAUUCUACUUUUUAAAAAAAAAAAAAAAAACAACAACAAAAGGUCUCUAAACUAACAGUAAUGCUGCCUAUGAGUAGAAUAUUUGAUUGGUUUUUUAUUUAAAUCUUGGCAGUUUUUAAUUGAAAUAGAACCAGAAUUAAUAGAGUAUUUGUGAAACCACUGAAUUCAUUAAUAAUUACUGUGUUGAAUAAAGAACUCAUUAAAGUGACAAGAAAUUAGGCACCCUGAUUUCUGUGUGCGCUGGUUUUAUAUGUAAUCAUUGGUGUCCUUUGAUCCUCUACUGAAAUAGGAACCUCUUGCAUUGUAACAAAGGAUCAGAGUUUUAUGAAUGGUUAGAAAAAGGUAUUAAUAAUGCACAUAAAACAUUUAUUAGAUAUUUUUAUGAAAGAGAAGUACUAUAGGAAAACAUAUGAAUAUUUAUGGAAGGAAGCCAGAUUAAUUAUGACAAAUAUUGUUUAUUUCAAAGUUAAGUAAGCCACUGCUAUUGCAGCAUUAUGAAAAUUAUAAGCGUUGUAGCAUCAGUGCACUGGAUGUUUCAUGUAAUCAGUCUGGAAUGAAAAAAGAAUGGUCAUUCUACUACACCUACAUAUAGUUUAUGCAGUUCAACAUUGCUAUAGCCAUGAUUUCUUCUAGAAUUUUUAAAAAAAUUAUCUCAGUGGUUCUAAAAAAAGUCAAAAUCAUGGAUUUUGCUAUCAAGAUUUCUGUCACAGAAAGCUUGUUUAGAAGAGUGUUGAUAAAAUUCUACUGCAAAACAUUUUCUAAAUAAAAAUAGCAAGAAAAAGAAAAAAAUUCCAAAGUAAUAAAAAUGUUUUGAUGGAACAAAAUAGUUAAGCAUUUGCUUAAUAUUUGAUUAAAUAAGAUUUACUUACAUUUUCUUUGAAGUGUUUUAAUUUUUUUAAUGUCUGUGGAGUAUUUGUAUAAUACCAUGAUGUAUAUUUAUGUAGAACUGAAAUUAUAACAGUACAAAUAUCACUAUAGGAGAAAAAUGACAUUUUAACGUAUAUUGUUCUAUCCAGUCAAAUUGUGAAUCAUUUUGAAGUUCAUUAUAGAGAUAUUGAUAAA